AUGGCACUCGGGCAGUGAAGAAGCGUAAGGAUUUAGCACAAAUCCACCCUUUAUUAAAACUAAUAUGUAGAGUACCCAUGUACAUCUGCCCGCGGAGGUGAACAGUUUUUUUGGGGGGGAAGAAGCAGCCAAACACUGGUACAAAACACUGCUCACUUUCCAGGGUGUGAGUGUCAGUGUCAGAGUUUUGGCGCGCCUGUACGUAACUGGGAGGACCCAGAGUCAUUAUCGGUGGGAUGACAAAGUUUGCUCUUCAGGAUGGAAAGCUGCACACAUGUAUUGCAGAUCUCUGGGAUCAAGAUCCGUGAUAAGAAGAGAGCUGUGGUCCAGGGAAUCCAGAAGCUGGGUGGGGAAUACAUAGGAGGCUCAGUCUAUCAGCAUGCCAGCACCCAUCUCAUAAUCCCUCAGGUUCUGUCCAGCGAAAAGUUUUUGGCAGCCUGUGCCGCAGGAAAGUGGGUUGUGACUCCCGACUAUGUGUUGGACAGUGUUAAGAAUGGUUCCUGGCUCUCAGAGGGACCCUAUGAGGUGGCUAUUUCCACAGAUGCCCCCUCUGCCUUCUAUCCUGCCAGGCAGUGGAGGGAGAAGGUGUCCAGUGGCAAACUAACAGGAGCCUUCCAAGGGUGGAGGGUUCUCCUCAUGGUCCAAGAGCCCACUCGCAGAGCCAUGUUCAAACGGCUGCUAAAAGCAGGCCACGCCAAAGUCUACCACUUCCCUCCUCCCUCUCAUGCAUCCAUCACUCAUGUCAUGGCUAAGCCUGUUACAGAGAACUCAAAAUCCUACAAUGCUCCUUGCUAUCCUGUGAACCACAUUGUCCAGCACCUUUUUGGGAGCAAUUGUGUGGAUAUGGAUUUCAACGAAACGGAUAAUCAUCCAGCAGAGAUGAAGAAGGCCAGCUUUGCUGAUGUUGACUUGGCUAAACUGGAGACAGAGCUCAGGGACUAUGUCAUCAAACAGGAGGGCCAGCCGAGACUGCGCUUCCUUGAGUUUCUGGGUUACCAUGACCCUCACCGUCCACAGGCACAGGCAACAGAAAUAGACUUCAGCAACAUUGGUAGUAUGAUAGAGUGCGGCCUCUUCACUGAAGCCUUGGACUCAAUCAGAAGUGCUGUGUUCCCAGGUCUGCUGCCACCAGUGCAGUACCUGAUCUCCCUCUUAGAAUACGCACAGCAGGGUAACGCCACAUCUGUCUUCGUAAGAAAUUUCCGGCAGGUCAUGUCUAACCUGCUCACUACCAACCCUCCUUGGCUCGCUCCCAGCACAGUGAAAAAAUAUUUCACCCAGGUGCUGCAGUGUCCUCGGUGUAAAACGGGCCUUUGGCCUUUUCUGGAGACAGCAGUCAGUUACUGCCUGUCCAGUGAGGUCACUUGUCACCCACUCCCUGGACCUGCCCUGCCAACACUCAUACAUUUCCAUAGUGACCUGGUGGCAUUUUUCCUCAGGCUCUUCCAGGGGGAGCUCCACUCUGUUACCAGCAGGGAUUUUGUGCUGCUUCAGGGAACAGGAGUCUCUCAGGCUUCAGCAUCAGGCUCUUUGCUAUAUGGAACCUUUUGGACUGUGUGGGAGCGCUCCACCUUGCUGUCUCGAGCUGUGAAACAACUAUCCCAGCUCUUGGUACAGGCUGCUGUUCAGGACUACACUGAGAGGGAUGAGAAGCAGAAGCUGCAUUUGGCUGACACCCUGCUGGAGCUCCUGUCUGUGCUGGUGGAGUUCUGGUGUCAGCAGCACUUCAAACUGAACCAGAACCUGAUGGAAAAGGGCCUAAAAGACCUAGCAGAGCACUUUGCCGUCAUGAGCCAGGAUGUGUCUCCAGAGGUUCUGGCGGAGCUGGUUAUCAGGAUUUCUUCUUCCAGACUUAAGUUGGUGAUGGCUGAUGCCAUAUUCAGGAAUCUCUGUUGCAGUAAUGGGUUUGCUGUGGGAGAUGAAGCCCUCUCUCUCAAGAAAAUGGUGCUGUCCUACCUGCCUGCUCUGGGAUGUUUAGCUCAAAGUACCAGCGGUGCUCGCCUUAGGACUGGACCCACCUCCCACAGCUGCACCAGCCAGGAGACUGGCUGCAGAACCCAGAGCUCUUUGGUGAAUGAAACAAGCUUAGAGAAAGAGAACAUCCCCAGAGGUUUGAACAGAGUCAACGCAGCAGGAGAGACCCUCCUCCACAGAGCUUGCAAGAGGAACCAAGUGGAAACAGUGCUUCAGAUCCUGGCGCUUCCUGGCACGGACGUCAACGUUAAAGACCACGCAGGCUGGACGCCAAUGCAUGAAGCAUGUAAUCAUGGCAGCACUGCGUGUGUGGAGGCUUUGCUACGUCACCACCCCGCCCCUGUGCUCAAUAACCAGGUGGGUGGAGUCAGUCCACUUCACGAUGCCCUGCUUAACGGACACAUGGACAUCGCCAAAAUGCUACUGGAGCAUACAGGCUCAGUUCUCCUCCAGCAGACUGAUAGAGACGGGCGGACCGCGCUGGAUCUGGUCUCUGCAACAAGUCAGAGGGAGGAGCUCCUCCACAGUGCUCAGGUCGGAGACUCGGCCCAGAGGAACAAAGUAGUGAAUGAGGUCUUGAACCUUCCCCUACUGGAGGCCGGAUCCUCUCUGCUGGCCCACCUAAUUUUCUCCUACCAGCAGGAGAGGGGCCUGUCAUGCCUCAUGAAAGCCAGUGACAAGGCCCAGAGCCUGGGCUACAGGCUGGUCAGGGCUCUGGUGACACACACCUUCCAAAAAGUGACUUUGGCCUGCACGGACCAGCGGGUAGUGAGGUUGGUGGAAGAUGCAGAGAUGCUGUUGGAGCUCGGCAGAGGGGGGUACCUGGGGCAGGUGCCUCAGGCUGUGAAAGAGUGCAAAGGACAGAACACACUGUUCCUAAUGGAGAUAAUGGAGGAUCUAAAGUUGCGGGGAGAAGCACUAGCAGCUGAUUUGUGACGGGCUCAACGGAAAAUGCACUAAAAAGUACUUGCACAACCUGUGUGUUGUGUAGAGCUGUUAAUUACAUGGUCAUAUAAUCCACUGAGGCCUUAAAUAUAUCUCCACUGGCAACAAACACAUGCUGGCUUUCUGAGAACGUACACCUUCAAAAAUAAUGUGGCCUUCUCCUUUCUUCCCAUUCAGGUAAAGCAUGUGAUUUCUGAGUUAGAUUUAUGUUCAUUUUCACAGAUAUCAUUUUAUACUCAUUUGAUUGUAACUACAUGCUUCAGUUACAUUCUGCUACCUUGUUUUGGUUUAAGAUGUUUUACACUUUUCUGAAAUGGAAAAAUGUAUUUAUGUUGAAUGUUUUCAUCAGCACUAAUAUUUCUGUGUAAGACUGUUACUACCUCAAGUUUAGGUUUUCUACUGCUCUUUUUCUUAGUUUUAAGAUUAAAGUGUUUUUCACAUUAAUUAACUUAUUUAUAACAAAUAAAUGAACAUAAAUUAGUUGACUGUUACAUUCCCAUGCUGUGGUGUCCAGUAUUUUAUCACAAGGAAGUCAAGAGGAA